AUGAUGUGACAUCAGAAUUGGAUUUAGGGUUAAAUGGGAUCAGAAAUUAGAAAUUGGGAUUUAGGGUUGUGGAAUUGAGAUUGGGGAUUUGUUGCGACAGUCCUCCCGUCACCGCCACCGCGACAGUCCUCCCGCCAUGUUCACGGCGUCACCGGGGCUGCAUCCGGUCACUUCUUCUCCGCGCGUAACCGGCCCCAACUCCGAGAUCCUACCGUUCCCGCCGCCUUCACUGCUCGUCGUCGCAACGACCUGGACCGACGAGGUUGCCGGCGCCUUCAACGCCACUCUCUCGCGCAAGUCGCCGCCGACCAAGCCAGGGUCGUCGUUCCUCCUCACCGGCCAAGAGCGCCGUCGCGGACCACCAUCAAUCUCGGCCAGAGAUAUUGCCACCAUCACGGACCACCAUCAAUCUCCUCCUCAUCGAUGUUCUCGCCGGAAUCGCUGCCCUCACCAGCACCACAACACCGCUCUCCUUCCUCUCCACUCAAGGGUUUCCUACUUGUCUCUUAAACGCCAAACGCCCUCAGCGACACCCACCGCCGGUGUCGAGGACGAAAACGUUUUCCGAAUGCCGAUUAUUGGCCGAAGAUAGUGGAAAUUUGGCACUUGGUAUUGGAGUCAUUUGG